UCAUAAUUUCGCUGUAGUUUACGGUCACACUACUUUUCAACCACUUUACUAUACUUUGAAAAAGUAGGCGUCGGUCAAUUCAAUCUUAAAGCGUCUGUCAUCGUGCAAAGUGUGCGCAGCAGAUAACUAGAAAAUACUCCUACAUAUUUCCAUAAGAGAUCCAAAUAAAAUUUCUGCAAAAUGUGUGACGAAGAUGUUGCAGCUUUAGUGGUCGACAACGGAUCCGGCAUGUGCAAAGCCGGCUUUGCCGGUGAUGACGCACCGCGUGCCGUCUUUCCUUCCAUUGUUGGCCGUCCACGUCACCAAGGCGUAAUGGUUGGAAUGGGCCAGAAGGACUCUUAUGUCGGCGAUGAGGCGCAGAGCAAACGAGGUAUCCUUACCCUAAAGUACCCCAUCGAGCACGGUAUCGUGACCAACUGGGACGACAUGGAGAAGAUCUGGCAUCACACGUUCUACAACGAGCUCCGCGUUGCCCCAGAGGAGCACCCUGUCUUGCUUACCGAAGCUCCUUUGAACCCCAAGGCCAACAGAGAGAAAAUGACCCAGAUUAUGUUUGAAACCUUUAACACCCCGGCCAUGUAUGUUGCCAUCCAGGCGGUGUUAUCUUUGUACGCCUCCGGCCGCACCACCGGUAUCGUGCUAGACUCAGGCGAUGGUGUCUCCCACACUGUGCCCAUUUAUGAGGGAUACGCCCUGCCGCACGCCAUCCUCCGUUUGGAUCUAGCCGGUCGCGAUUUAACCGACUACCUGAUGAAGAUUCUCACUGAGCGCGGGUACAGCUUUACUACCACCGCUGAGCGUGAAAUUGUGCGCGACAUCAAGGAGAAGCUAUGCUACGUGGCUUUGGAUUUCGAGCAGGAAAUGGCCACAGCCGCUUCCAGCUCGUCUCUGGAGAAGUCGUACGAGUUGCCCGACGGACAGGUCAUCACCAUAGGAAAUGAGCGAUUCCGCUGCCCCGAGUCGCUAUUCCAGCCCUCGUUCCUCGGCAUGGAGGCCUGUGGCAUUCACGAGACCACCUACAACUCCAUCAUGAAGUGUGACGUUGACAUCCGCAAGGAUCUGUACGCCAACACUGUGCUGUCUGGCGGUACAACCAUGUACCCGGGAAUUGCUGACCGCAUGCAGAAGGAAAUCACUGCAUUGGCUCCGUCCACCAUGAAGAUUAAGAUUGUCGCCCCGCCAGAACGCAAGUACUCUGUUUGGAUCGGCGGCUCCAUCCUCGCUUCGCUUUCCACUUUCCAGCAGAUGUGGAUCUCGAAACAGGAGUACGACGAGUCUGGCCCCUCCAUUGUUCACCGCAAGUGCUUCUAAGCAGGAGUCGGGCUGGGCGUGGUCGUUCCUCAUCGAACACACCCAUUGCAGACAACGAGUCAGAAGUAUUGGGCAUGAGUACAUUAAUACCGGGAGCAGGCGCACAACACUUCCACUCCUUUCGGAAGAAUGCAUUCCAUUUACUUUUAUACACAAUUGCACGCGACGCAUAAGCAAACCAUAUUGUGUUCUAUUCAAAAUCCAAGUUCAUAUGCACAUGAGCAUUUAUAAAACCGAUUCAUGUUUGGCAUUUCCAUUAAUUCCAUGCAUUCCUACAUAUGUAUUAAAAGCAAACUUACCAUACCACUAAAAUACUUGCAACCGCUUCUUAAUAAUAAAGCGAAGAAAAGAACUGAAAA